AUGACAAUCAUUCACGUUGUACUUUUCGAAUGGAAGCCCACGGCUUCUCCAGACCAGAUUUCAGAAGCGUGCAAUCGUAUGCUGGGCCUCAAAGACCAAUGCAUUCACCCAACAUCUCAGAAGCCAUACAUCAAGUCCUUCUCUGGUGGCAAGAACAAUAGCCCUGAAGGCCACAGCGGCAAUUCGACCCACGGUUUCGUAGUCGAGUUUGACAAUGAAGAGGACCGCGACUACUACGUGUACAAAGAUCCCGCGCACCAAGAAUUCGUCAAAUUCGCCGGAGGAGUGGCGAAUGGCGUCAAGGUCUUUGAUUAUGAGCCAGGGAGGAUGUAA